AUGAAUGUUGUAGAUAAGAUUACUAUGAGCGAAUUUAUAUCUGGACAGUCUCAAACAGCCAGUUGGUUUGAAUUUUUACUCAAUCCAACAUUACUAGAUACAUUCCUCACAGAAGAUAAUCUUGGUAAAGCUUUUUUUCAUUUGAAAUGUCUCGACGAAGAUAAUACCUGUUUCUUCUUUUUUAUUUUGUUCUAUUUUGAAGAGGUCACUGGCACUGACUUGAUUAUCCAGUUUUUGAUCAGUGCAAAUUUAAUUGAACAAAAGACCAAACUUAAAACGGCGACCGAGAAUCCAAAUGAUAUUGAGUUGAAAGACAAUCGAAUUCGAGCGUUGAGACAUUUGGCAAUGAAAAUUGCGGCUAAACUCAAUUGGGAUUUGACCAUAAUCGAAAAGCGUAUUCCGGUAGCAGUUGCAUCAGAUCUCAUACAUUGUUUCGUUCGAUUAACUACUCAAAGUGAUAAGAAUUAUAAAGAUCGCGAACAAUUACAGCAACUGAAUAAACUUCAGGAGCCAGCAUUGUUUGCCGUACAAUUGCUACAUCGAUGGACUGUACGUACAUGCGUGCAAUCAUCAUUCCCAACGAAACCGGUGAAGAUCUUUCAAGUGAAUGUAGCUGGAUACGUAAAUCCUCUACAGCAUAUGCGUGGACCAAAUGAAAAUGUUAUAGAAAUGGCACGCGUAAAGGUGAGAGAGAGUAUUCAAGCGUUAGAAGCUCUACUAGAAUGGAAAUCGGUCGUGCGCAUACCUGUAGACGCGUGUUUUGACUUAGUCGAUAUUGAGAAUGGUACAGUACCAUGCGAUUGGUCUCGUACUCAAGUUUAUCCACUGGUCGAAUGUGUGGCACGUAUUGCAUAUGAUCUCGGAACGAUUUAUUUCUAUGAACAAAAUUAUUUGAACGCUCAUACCAUGUUCCGGCGCGUCGCUGACGUGCGCAAUCAGCUACAACCAACGACCUAUUUCUCGUCAUUAGAUGGAUAUUUAACAUCGUUAAAUUCGAUCAAUCCAUCCAUGGAACCGAAUCUUCUACAGAAAUCGAAAGAGCGAUUUCUAAUUGGUAUACCAUCGCCACGCACCUCUAUCGAUGAUUAUAUAUUAAUGUUAGGAGAUGAUAAUGAAACGAAGGAGAUGACCAUGGCAGCAAGACAUCGAUUAGAAGAUCGACUAGAAAUUGGCUCUCAGCAAUAUAGAGUAGUAUGUUCAUUCAAUCUAGUUCGAUCUUUACUCGAUGGAAAACAUGUAUCUAAUACUCAAUAUGCUUUCGACUAUCUGGACAAAGCACUUCAGAGUUUAAAACAAGUGCCGCUCAAACAACAGUCGUUGCUGAACAGUUUCUUAAAAAUUCAUUUUCACAAACUACCGAAGACUUUGCAAGAUCAACUACGUUCAAAUAAUUUAACACAUCUAGUUGGUUCGACAUUUUCUGCUCCUGUCUCUCGGUCAAAAACAUUCGAAUCAGUGCCACGAUCGACUUUACUCGAUAGACCCAAUAGCUCAAUACAAUUCAAGUGUCAAACACGUUUAAUUCACUCCACAGAACCCGAAGUCCUCACGCAAAUGAUCACAGAUUUAGAAAAUGCCAAAUCGAUUCCCAUACUUGAAGAAUUAUUUCCACCGUCGUUUAAACAAACAUUCACUGAUCAAGCAAUAAACAUGCUUAUGAAUAGCAAUCAUUUACUGGGACACGUCAUUCGUAUUAUCUAUAAUAAAGCCAAACGAGCACAAUCGUACAAAAACUACUCUCAAAGCUACCGAUCGUUAACUCAAGCAAUUGAUCUUCUGAAAUCUUUUCAUCAUCAAGAUUUGUGCAUUGAACAAGUGAUCAAAUGUUUGCAACAUGAUCGUCUAUUGUUCAACCUUUACGAAGUCAUAUCUAGGCAAACGUUUCCCGAAAAUGAAAAUAGUUUAUGGAUGGAAUGUCAAAAUUUUCUCAUGAAAAAUCAUUCUGAGACAGAUAUCGAUACUGAUUUAGUAUCAGCUAUUCUUGCGUACGCAUUGUCUCGCAAUGAAAUUCAGUUUCUUCAAUCAUUGAAUCCAACUGUACGUCGCAUGCGUCCGUAUCUUGAUAUAGCCAAUCUGUUUGCACGUUUAUUAUCGAAUGAAAAUCAACCGCAGAUACGUCCUGAACUUGCUCGAGAAUUAUGGGAAAGAAUAUCAGAUAUUUUAUCAGAGAAACUACAAGAACUGCCUGGCGGUCGACCAUCAAGAAAUCGCCAUCAACAAACGAGUACACUCAACGAAAAACUCACCGUUGUUGAACUUCAAAAGUUCUUGCUCAACCUUAACCAUCCAAUCCUAUUACAAAUCCUAUUCUCUCUCCUGUCACGUCUCUAUUCUCUUGUACUCGUCGAUCAAUCACAUAUUGAUAUCUAUUCCGAGUAUUCUCGCUAUUGGCCAACAUCGAUUGAUUAUCGACAACGUUCAAUUCGAUCAUCCAUAUUAGCACAAUUAAUUCAAAUUUUAUCUCAACAUAUUCAAACGCGAGAGUAUUUACCAAUUCAAGCGAAAUCGUCUCUACUUCGUACCCAAGCUGACCUUCAUCUUACGUUACAACAAUACACCCAAGCCAUGCAUGCUUACAUAAGUGCUAUAGGAAUUGAAACUGGACUUUUCUCUUCGCCAACCAUCACUCAACAAGAUGAUGCACUGAUACGAAACAUGAUCAAAGCAGCAUUACAAUUAGGUUAUCACACCCAAGUCGCUUGCAUGUGUCAAUUGCUUUCGGUACCUGAUUAUAAUACAAUCUUCAAAACCUUACAAGAAAAUUACAUGAACGACGAUAUCGAUGAUUAUUAUGAAUGUAUUUGGGAUUUGGCAUUAUUAGAAAGUUUAAUUAAUAAUCUGAACUUGCGUGGAUAUGAAGAUAAGAAAAGAUUAGCCAUUCGAAUAUGUAAACAAAAGGAUUUGAAUGGAAAUAACUCCGAUGAAAUACGUUUUCGUAUGACACGUGUGAAACGACGAUUGUUACUUAAACAAUUACUUGCCCAUUAUCUUUUACCACAUUGUCGAUUAUAUCGAUCACGAACAUUGAUCAAAUCUCAAUAUCAACAAAUACAUUUCGAUUAG